AUGUUCGUUGUGGUGAGUCAAAUUCUACACCUUUGGGAGUUAUCACAAUAUCUCAAAAAUCUUCUUAGUCAAUGGAAUCUUGAUGGUAUCGGCGGAUUUUAUUUCAAAACAGAAUUUGAUGCAUAUGACAAUAAAAUUAAUCAACAAAUACCUGUACCUAAACUUACAAUAUUUGAUGCUAUUUCUUUUAUUGCAGGAGCAAAAUAUAUUGCUAACGAACAAGAUCAUGCACAACAAAGUGGUCCAAAUCAAAAAAUACCUAAAUUUUCGGAACUUGAGGCUAAUAAUAACACUGAAAAUAUAGAAAAUAAUUCUAUUGUUAUUAAUCAUAAUACAAGUGAAGUUAAUAACAAUGAAAAUACUAAUGAUAUUGACGAUUUUGAAUUAUAUAAUGACGAUGAAAAACCAAAUCCUGCUUCACCUGCUCUUCGUAAAGCACAAAAUCGGGCUGCACAAAGAGCUUUUAGAGAAAGAAAAGAACGACAUCUUCAUGAACUUGAGAAUACUAUUAAACUUCUUAGAGAUGAUCAAUACCAAGCAAACAUUCUAAUUAAUCAUUUACAACAAGAAAAUUCAUAUUUCAAAAAAAUUAUCAUUGAUGAAAUAAAGAAAGCUAUAUCAACAAAUCCCGAUUACUCUUUUGAUAAAGCAAUAACAACGACAACAACACCUGGUGAAUCUUUAUUAACUUCCUCCUUAUCAACUUCUGAUAUUAAUAAUGGUCAACAACAACAUAUUUCUUUAUCAUUAUCACUCGAC